AUGGGACUUUUUCAUUGUGUUACAUGCACAAGGGGAAUGGGAAUAUUACCUUGCGUACAUGCCAACCCACAACACCUAUCCAGUGUUGUUCCUUCACGUUUCCAAUUCUCGACCAAUUCACAUAAUGCACCAAUCGAGUACCAUUGGAUUGAUGGAGCAGAGCGUUUGCAUUUGUACGAGCCUGGAGGAUACCAUCCUGUAAUGGUCAACGAUCUACUACAUAAUCGCUAUCGAAUAGUCGACAAACUAGGAUUCGGCGGCUACGCGACGAUCUGGCUUGCUCAAGACGAGAGAACAAAGCGCUAUGUCGCCCUGAAAAUGGGAAUUUCAGGUCCAUCGGCUCCUCGACGAGAGACUGGGAUCCUAAAGGCGCUACAUGGUUCAAGUUCGGUCUCACAAACUGGAUUCGGUGUUGAUGCACGCGACGCUCUACCAAAAGUUCACGACGCAUUCGAGAUCCGUGGACCUAAUGGAACCCAUGCCUGCUACACAAUGACUCCAGCUCAAGGGAACCUCAGGGAAGCAUCGUUCAGUCGCCUCUUCCCUGUCCGAGUCGCGCGCGCUUUAGCUGCAAAGUUGGUGCUGGCAGUGGCUUUUAUCCACUCCCGCGGAUAUGUUCACGGGGAUCUUCAUCUUCGCAAUGUACUAGUCAAACUUCCAUCAACAUUCGAAGAAAUGUCGAUCACCCAAUUCCAAGACAAAUUCGGCGAGCCCGAAACUGUGCCCAUCACGCGUGUUGACGGCAAACCACACACCACCCACGUCCCUACCGAAGCCACACUACCACUCUAUCUCGGGAAAAAAGCUCAAGAUUUCACCUUAGCUGACGCGCACGGUUUGAUGCUCAGCGACUUCGGCGAGGCAUUCUCGGCCGCUACGGAGCAGCGCUUUGGUACGGAUUGCAAGAUUCCGUUGGCGAAAAGGGCUCCUGAGGCUCUUUUCGAGCCGGAUGAGCUCAUGUCCUAUCCGUCGGAUAUUUGGAGCCUUGGGACUGCUGUAUGGGAGAUCUUGGGGAUGAAGUUCAUCUUCAGCGAGUCGGAAACUCGGGACGAGAUCGUCGCGCAACUAAUUGACGUCUUGGGCGGCGCUCAAAAUUUUCCGCAGAAUUGGAGAAAGCUGUGGGAAAGAUCGUACGAGGACAGCAUUGACGCAGCCGAUACAAUACCUCGGAAACCGACGGAGGAACGGGAGGAGUGGCCGAGUCUCGAGUGCGCCUUUGAAGAAUUUGUGCAGAAGUAUAGGCGGAAGCUUGAGGUGACUGGGAUCUUCGGAGAAGAAGAGACGUGGGCGAUUCUGGAAUUGAUACGUGGCAUGCUCAAAUUCCGGCCAGAGGAACGAAUGACGAUAGAAGAAGUGCUGAGGUCAAAGUGGAUGGUCGAUUGGGCAUUGCCGGAGUUAGAAUGAUGGGUGCUGCGGUUGUGCAAGAUCGCAGCCUUACAGCAUUCAGUAGUAGAGAGUGUUGUACUUUAAAUUGUGUCUAAGACUUUUGAACUCG